AGUCUUGUAAAUUCUGUAAAUCAUGAAAUCAGCUGUUCAAUUAAAGUUCCAAAGUAAUGUUUUUGAUUUUUGAUCUAGAUUUUUUAUUAAAAUUAAACGAUUCUUUACAAUUAGUUUUUAAUUGUAUCAUAAGAUGAAAUUUCAAUCGACAAAAUAGUAAUGGCUAAUUCUAUUUUUGAUGCACUGACAGGUGUUUGCCUGGAUAAUUCUACAGUACAAUCUUUACUUGAAUCUCAAACUCUUAUCACUCAAGUUGAACAAUCAGGUAUUUUAUUUUGUCAUCUUCAUUAUUAUAUUCUGGUGAAAAAUAAAUUAUUUGUUUACUCUCUAUUAGCGAUAGAUCAGGAUGAGGAGGAUAUAUUUCAGUGUGGCAAGUGUAAAAGUCAAUUUACUUCAUUGCAAUUGUUUAUAUUACAUAAACAGGAACAUUUCAAAGUACAAGAACAAUCAGUAGAUAUUAGUCAAUAUUUAGUAACUAAUACUUCUCAAAUUGUAUCUACGGAUGAAACGUGCUCCGAUGGAACGCAAUAUCACACACAGGAGACUUUUGAUCAAACGGAUCAACUUGACGAGCCAAUUAUUCUCGAAGGCAACGAUAUGUUGUUUAGUAUGGACCAGGAGGGUUCGAGUUAUUUGCCUUCUGAUCCUGGUUUUAAUGUUCCGAUUAUUUUAAGUACCGAGAGUAUUGAUUCAUUUGGAAAUCCGUCACUUAAUUCUGAUGCAGAGUCUAUAAGUGUGAAAGUCCAUAAUAUACAACCAUUGGAGGAUAAGAAUUGUCAAAAUGAAGAUUUUACAAGUUCAAAUCUUUAUCAUAAUUUUACAGAGGAAAUUCCCAUUACAGAUACUGAUGAUAAGGAGAAAAAACCUUCUGUUGAGCAAGAAAAUCAACCAACACAAAAUCUAAAGUACAAAUGCGAUUUUUGUGAAAAGCAAUUUUCAAAAAAAUUUUACUGGCAACAACAUGAACGUUCACAUACAGGGGAAAAACCAUAUCAAUGCGUAGUUUGUGGUCGUUCAUUUGCACAGAAAUCUAAUGUUAAGAAACACAUGUCUUCGCACAAAGUGUGGCCCGGCACGGCUAUUCAUUCCCUUCCACCUGAAGCUCCAACAGACGGAAGUAUUGACAAGACCUAUCAUUGUCAAUUUUGCAAAGAAAUAUUCGAUUCGUACAAAGCGUUAAAGGCGCAUUUAAUAAUUUCUCAUUUGACUCUAAAAGUAUAUAAAUGCGUUCAGCUUGGAUGUAGUUUAAUGUUCCAAGAGUUAGAUGAUUUUUUAGAGCACACACGCAGUCAUAAACGUUCUGAAUAUCGUUGUCAUGUGUGCGGUAAAGUUUUUAAUACACUCUCUGAUUUGGGUAGUCAUCAAUACAGUCACACCGUCCGUAAGCAAAAAACAACAGAAAAAUAUUAUUGUUGUUCAAUUUGUAAAUCGUCAUUUUCCAAUUUGGAGUCAUUGAAUCAUCAUAUGGAGACAACAACGCACGAUUACGCUUGUCCACAUUGUGGAAAAAGUUUUUAUGUCGAGAGAUUUUUGAGACGUCAUUUAAAAACACACGCCGCGCAAUCACGUUUCAUUUGUGAGGACUGUGGAAAGGCUUUCAAGACUGAACAAUAUCUUACGAAUCAUAAAUUGAUUCAUAAUGAUGAGACACCGUUUAUUUGUUCAUAUUGUCCAUCGAAAUUUAAGAGGAAAGAUCGACUUCGUCGUCAUAUGUUAAUACACGAUUUAACAAAAAGAUUAAAGUGUCCAUAUCGAAAUUAUGUUGGUUGCAUGAGGGAAUUUUCUCGUCCCGAUAAAUUAAAAAGGCACAUACUUACGCACAGCGAUAUUAAAACAUUCAGAUGCAAUCUUUGUUCGAAAAAUUUCCACAGGCCACAGGCACAUAAACAUCAAGAACUCUAUAAGCAUUGUUUAAAAUGUGAAGUCUGCUCGUUGGAAUUUCGAACAUCCGAUCAGCUAAUUAAUCACAGUUGUGAGCCAAUAAUAGAAGAAAAUUCAAAAGCAGCAAUGAAGAUUGUUAAAAAUACAAAAACGCGAAAAACAAUUUCUAAAAGAAAAUCCAAUUCUAAAAUUGCACACAAUAAAAAUAAAAAUCAAAAGUUAGACGAUUUAGAAGAAAUAGAUAAUUGUGAUGAAAACAUAAUGAAUGAUUUUGUUGAAAUUAAUAAUGAAAUAUUAAUAGACGAAUCUUCCUGUAAUUCAUUUGAAAAAGAAAUGGAAUUAACGCACGAGGAUUCAGAUUCCGAAUUUAUAGCGUAUUUAAAAAUGUCCGUGAGAGAGGAACUUGAUACAAAUAAUUCUCACGAGGAAAACAAAUAGAAGACUUCUUUAAGUAUAAAUAUAUUUUCUUUUUUUUUAAUCAUUUAAAUAAUAAAUAAUUUCUAAAGAGUAGAUUUUAAAAGCAAUUUAUAAUGAAGUAGAAUUUAAAUUUGUAAAGAAUAGAGUUUUAAAUUUAUUUGUAAAAGAGUAGAAUUUCAUUAUAUAUAUAAAAAAUUUAUUAGUGUGUGCAAUGGGAUCAUUCGCUAAUUGUAAGUGCAAAUUUAAUGCAUUUUAUAAUAGCAAAUACGGUAAAUGUAGUUUACAUAUCUGUGAUAACUGUAUUAUAAAAUAUUACAAAUGUAAGUAACUUAUAAUUA